GAGAGGACCUCAUUCACACUUGAGUUGAGAAGGGAAAGAAAGAAAAUUGAAAUGGGGUCGCAGGAGAGUAUUAUGAUGUUUCUUUGCUUGGUUCUUGUAAGUAGAGGGCUCGUUUGCAUGGCUCAAGGCAAGGUCUACUAUUAUGAUUUUGUACUGGAGGAGGCCAACUUCACGAGGUUGUGCAGCACGAAGAGCAUGUUGACAGUCAAUGGCAGCUUCCCUGGGCCGGAGAUUCGAGUUCAUCGGGGAGACACCGUCUUCGUCAAUGUUCACAACCACGGCGAAUACGGCGUCACCAUCCAUUGGCAUGGAGUUAGGGAGCCGAGAAAUCCGUGGUCAGAUGGACCAGAAAACAUCACGCAGUGCCCUAUCCCGCCUGGAACUAGCUUACUACAGGAAAUCGAUUUUACGACCGAAGAAGGAACGUUGUGGUGGCAUGCUCACAGUGAUUGGUCGCGAGCCACCGUCCACGGUGCCAUCAUCAUUUUUCCAGCUAUUGGUACCUCUUAUCCAUAUACCUGGCCUCAUGCUGAAGAUACCAUAGUUCUUGCAUCAUGGUUCAAAGGCGAUGUCAUGGCUAUAAUCAACGAGGCCCUCGCAUCUGGUGGAGAUCCUAAUAAAUCGGAUGCUUUCACAAUCAAUGGCCAACCUGGAGAUCUCUAUAAUUGUUCAAGUAAUAGCACGUAUCGUCUAAUGGUCGAUUAUGGCAAGACGUAUCUCCUUCGAAUAAUUAAUGCGGUGAUGAACGAAGAGAUGUUUUUCGGGAUCGCUAACCACAGUCUUACGGUCGUUGGGAUGGAUGCCGCAUACUUGAAGCCCAUAAAGACUAGCUACAUUAUGAUCACUCCGGGGCAGACGAUGGACGUCCUCGUGACGGCGGACCAGGCGCCGAGCCAUUAUUACAUGGCCGGAAGCCCGUUCGCCGAUACCAUGGCCCCAUUUGACAACACCACAACCGCGGCGAUUCUUCAAUACAGAGGCAACUACACACCCCCGACGUCGCCUUCUUUUCUGGCACUACCAGUCUACAACGACAAGUACGCCGCGAUGAACUUCACGGUCCGGCUCCGGAGCCUGGCAAGCCGAGCUCAUCCGGUCAACAUCCCGAAGAUAAUCAACAAGAGGCUUUUCAUUACCGUCUCCGUGAAUAUGAUAUUUUGCCCUAAUGAAUCGUGUGCAGGACCAGAUGGGAAUAGACUAGCUGCAAGCUUGAAUAACAUAAGUUUCCAGACACCAAAGAUCGACAUACUUCAAGCCUACUACAGGAGCUUGCCUGGAGUUUACAAUGCUACCUUCCCGGACAAACCACCAUACUUCUUCAAUUUCACAGGAGAUGUCGGGAACAACACGUUGUACACGGGACUGGGAACGAAGGUGAAGAUGAUAAAUUACGGUGCCGCCGUUGAGAUAAUAUUCCAAGGGACCAACGUCGGCGCCGCCGAGAACCAUCCGAUGCAUCAGCAUGGCUACAGCUUCUACGUGGUCGGGAUGGGAUGGGGGAAUUUCGACCACGAGACCGAUCCCAAGACAUAUAACCUAGUUGACCCGCCCGAGGUGAACACGUUCGGAGUCCCUACAAAUGGAUGGCUCGCGAUUAGAUUCAUUGCAGACAAUCCUGGUGUAUGGUUCCAACAUUGUCAUUUGGAAAGACAUACGAGCUGGGGGAUGGACACCGUGCUCGUCGUGAAGAACGGCAACACUGCGGCGACCUGCAUGCGGCCGCCGCCUCAUUACAUGCCUCCUUGUCACUAGUCCUCCCUGUUUAAGGAAAUAUUGUCACCUUGUUGUUACCUCCACUUGAUAUUUAU